AUGUUCUCAGGUUCAUAUGCCGAGAACAAUCAAUGGGUCCGUCGAAGAGGUGAAGCCUUCGGAUUGAACGCGGAAGGCGAAGCUGCGUACUACAAGAAGGAGGUCAAAGGCAAGAACAAAAGAUCGACUAGCAGCUAUUCCGAGAAGGUCGUGAAAGACCGCGGGUCGGGGAUCCAUCGGUCCUCAAGCCGCGUAUCGAGUCAACGCGCACCAUUGCCAGAAGCACCUGAACCGCCACCUGCUGUUCGUUCUCCGAACAAGACGAGGUCAAUGCUACCCAAGAACAUGUACCGGAAGUACAUCCUGCCCCGUGUUCACGAGACGUUCACGGUGUGGCAUCAAGCAGAGUCUCAAUUGCUCAGGCUCGAGUUGAUGAGGGGCAUGCACACAAAGCCGCCGAGCGAGAUCGUAGCGUCCCCGGUAGCAGUAAGAGUCGUCAAAGCCAUCGUGAGCGUAACACCCCUUUCCAGACCCAUACUUCCACACGCGAAACAAGUCAAUCAGAUCGUGCACGUAGUACCUCGAGUCGCCUCCACGAUGAUGUCGAGUACAACGCGAACUCUCGCAGCGGGCAAGCCCAAAGCGAAGUCGGUAGUCGACACUCAAGCUCUCGCCAACGCUCAGAGCAUCGGAACAGAAGCCGUGCUCCAUCUGUAUAUGAAGAUGAGCAGCACGACAGAGACGAGGAGUACGUUUCUGAGGACGACGGGAUUUACAACAGCGAGGGGAUUCGACCCGAGGACUCCGCCUCUUCUGUAG